AUUUGGCAUCUGUUCAUCCAAAUACAGAUUUGAAAAUUAUGGCAGUUAUAACCUAUAAAAUAAUUUAAUUUAAUAUUGUUUACAAACAAGGCUUUCUUCAGAUUUUACUGUGAAUUAUCAGAAUUAUAUUGUUUGCACUUAAUCCGAAGCUGUAACAAAAUACAAAAUUGGCAAGGAAGACUAUGAAACGUAGGCCACACCAAAAAUUGUAUACUCCUGGAAGUGGUUCUUUACGCAAGUCAAAUUAUGGUAUUGAAGAAAGCGAAUCAGAUACAAAUUUAGUUGUUAAUUCCAAGGAGAAUAGAAAUCAAACUUAUGUUGAUACUAAAUUUAAAAGUGAAGGAAAUACCCCAAGAAAUGCUUUGCAUAAUACUGACAACAUGAUGGAUAAGUUUAGUGAUUUGUCAAUUAAAGAUAAUUCUAAGAGGAGUAGGAAACCAGAUAUGGAAAUUUACAUCCCUAGAAUAGUAGCUCAAAAUAAAAAACCUGAUCAAGAAAAUGGUGCUUCAAGGUCACGUAAAAGAGAUGAUUACUCUCAAGAGAAAGAAAUAAUUGGGGAUAAUGAAAGAAACUCUUUUAGCCAUUCUAAUGGAAAUGAUAAAAGAUUUGAGCCCCAUUUCAAUGAUAGAUUUAACAGCAAUAAAUCUAAGAGAUAUUCAAACAACAGGAGGCGAGGUAGUGAACAGAGGGAAUUUAAUGAUGAAUGGGGUGAAAGAAAUAAUCACUCUAGACAGGUUAGACAAGGAUCCGAACCAAGGAAUACAGAUAAUUUAAGUAGGGAUCAAAGUAAUUGGCCAAGAACAAGAGAUACUAGAAGCAUGGAACAUUCAGGACCCCCUAGUUCUAGUUCUAAUUAUGGUGAUAAACCGUUUCCUUCAAAACCACCAAGCGGAAGGAGAAAUAGCAUCAUGAGCCAUGAGAAGAUGAAUGAAUUACCUCCAAGAUUUCGGAAGAAAAUGAUGGAAGAAGGAAAACUGAAAAAUGUGAAUUUACAAGAAGAAGGAUGGGAUGGUAGUAGUCUAACUUUCCAAAACACAAGCAGCCAACAUUCAAGCUAUGCUUCAGAUAAUAAUUAUCAAUCUGGACCAGGCUCCUAUGCCACCCUUCCUAAUUCCCAUAAUGUUCAACAUAACCACAUGUCUGGUCAAAAUUAUGGAUUCUCUACUUUACCCAGCAAAUCUAGUAGAGGAAGAGGUCGCUUCAAUUAUGAGCAACUUGAUUAUGGUUCUGUUGGACGCCCAGUUGAUCUGAGGAGUCCUUGUCAUUCUAGACCAUCGACUCCACAGUCUAUCAGCGGAAAUUAUAGGGAUGAUGCCUUUGGAGGACCUACCAGUAGACCACAUACUCCAUCCUAUAACAGAAGAAAUGACUACAAUAGGAACAAUGAAGAUCACUAUCAUCCUUCAUCUCGACAAUCGUCGCAAGAGAGAAAUAGAAGAACCAAUUUCAAGGACAAUUAUCGUCAAUCGGAUGAUUAUUAUCAGCCAAGAAGAAACGAUGAUAGGUAUAACAUGCGUAGCAAAGACGAUUCCUAUCAGCAAAAUCGAAGUGAAACUAGAAAUAAUAGGAGGCGGAACGAACACAGAGAUCGUAGAGGUCGAGGUGAUUUUAGGAGGGACGAUUAUAGAGGUCCAAACUCUCAUGAUGAUAGGUACAAUAAUGAUGCUGUAGUGAGCAGAGAUGUAUCUCCUGAAAGGAAUGCAGUUUCCUUGCCAUGGGAAGAAGUUCCAACCUUUGAAAGACCUUCAAAACCUGCAACUCCUAAACCUGUUGAAAAAACUAGUGCAACACCAGAAAAAGAUGGUGGAAUUGUUUUUGACUGGAGUGAGGAUGUAGAAAAGAGUUCUAUGUUGGAACAAGAAGCACUUAGUGAUGUUCCAUCGAGAAGUUCAUCAGUAAUCAGUCUGGUAGACAACAGUGCCAAUCAGGUAUCUUCACAAACUAAUGGAAACUCUUUGAGGAAAUCUAAAAGCAAAAAUAGAAAAAGAGAUAAGAGAAGGAGAAGAAGUCGUAGUAACAUGAGAGACAGGAGCAAAGAAAGACCGAAUGAAUCCGAGUCAUUCGAUAACUUCAAGGUACCAUCCGAGCCAGCACGCAGACGCCCUUCGAGAGAUAGUAGCUUUGAAAGAUUCAGCAGAGGUUCCAAGAUUCGUAGCAGGGAGGGUAGCUUCGAUAGGAUGCGAAAAUCUUCGACAAGUGAAUGCGAGAACUGGAGAGAAGAAAUUCGAGUGAGACAAGAGCAGGAGAAAGAGAAGGAUAUAAAAAGAAAUAGGAACAACUCUGGUACUAGUGACUUUCAAAGAAGCAGGCAGAAUUCUGAAGAUACUCAGACCAAGAGGAGAAGUUGUGAUCUUUCUGAUAUUGAUGUAAAGAAAGCAGGUGUUCUUGUUAUUCCCCCAGAACAUUCACAGGAUGCUGUUACUUCAUCAUCUCCUCCUAGUUUGAAUCAUCCCCGAUAUGCUAAUGCCAGUAAGCAAAACGUUCCACAUACUAGAAGCUUAUUUGACCCUAACAACCCUGACAAACCUAUAAUCGUUAAGUCAUCCACUUCAAGAGUUGCCCCAGGUAUUCCCGAAAAUAAAGAAAUAAUACCUCCACCAGCUGUCUAUGAUAUGUUUGGAAAUAUUUGCCCCGCUUGGUAUAUGGAAGACUCCGAAGAAAAUCAGAUGUCCCAUUAUCGCGAAAUGAUAAAAGAUGUGAAAAGAGCAGAUCAAGAAAUACAAUAUGCCAUCCACUCGGGGAUCUUCCUGAAGAAUUGGUCAGCCGUUGAAACUUUUAGACAAUUUUUGAAAGAGUCCUUGCAGUACUUUUUGGGUAAAGAUCUCAAAUUCAGCCAAACCUGCAAUAUAGAACAGCAUUUCUGGAAGUUGUUGUAUUACAACAUAAUCGAAAGGAUUAGAAAAGCUAGUCAAGAGGACGAAGAAAACAAAGAGGAUUAUAAGCAGUUUGUGUUGUAUUUGGUCGACGAAGGAACACAGUAUUUCGAGGGAUUGUUGAAAUUUCUGGAGGAAACUUAUCAAUUUCAAUUGAGCGAUUUUUUGGGCGCGAAUCAGGCUAUACCACAAAAAGGAUUGGGGUACAUUGGAUUGGCCCUGAUUUCGGCACAGAAAAUUCUCAUUUUCUUGGGCGAUUUGGCAAGAUACAAAGAACAGAUCAAUGAGACCAUGAAUUUCGGAAAAUGUAGGCAGUGGUAUAUAAAAGCGCAUGAAAUAAAUCCCAAAAAUGGUAGACCUUAUAAACAAUUGGCUCAUUUAGCUGUGUGUGCACGUAGAAAAUUAGAUGCCGUUUAUUAUUAUGUAAGAAGUUUGAUGUCUUCUAAUCCAAUAUACUCAUCAAGGGAAAAGCUGACCAAUUUGUUUUAUGAAAAUAGUAGAAAGUAUGAACAAGGAGAGAAAAAACGUCGCGAAGAAAAAUUGGAAAGAGCUAGGCAAUACAUGAAAGAAAAGGAAAGCGAUCAUAAUUCCAAGCCAAAAUCACUCAGAAAGGAAACGUGGAUUAGACCAGAUGGAGGGCAAAGAGUUCAUAGAACGACUCAAGCUGUGCAGAAAGAAGAUUCCGAAGAAGAAAAUCUGUUGCUGCUGAGUAGCGUCGAGGUUAACAAACGAUUUGUGAUAAGUUAUCUUCAUGUUCAUGGGAAGUUAAUAACUAAAAUUGGGAUGGACAGUUUUCAAGACGCCGCCUUGCAGAUGCUGAAGGAGUUCAGGGCCUUGCUGCAACACUCGCCUCUGCCGUUGCCGACUAACAGGCUGCUUCAGCUCCUGGCGCUCAAUAUGUUCGCUAUAGAGAGCAACCAACUCAAAGAUCCCGAACAAAGACUCAGCGGCUACAGAUCAGAAUUUCAAGAAUGCGCACUUGUUGUUUCGUUGCAAAUGUUCAAUCUCAUUCUGGAAAGGUGCGUAUCCCUUCUAGACGAACACCUGGCUUCGAAACCUGAAAAACUCAACGAAGUUUCGAUGGACACCCACGUAUUGUUGCCUCCCAUCAAGAUUUGGUGCGACUGGAUGCUGUGCCAUAGCAGCGUAUGGAACCCUCCUCCGUCAACGCAAGACUAUAGAGUAGGGGCUCCCGUGGACCCUUGGACCAGAUUGGCGAUGUUGAUAAAUCUGCUGAGACAAUUGGAUCAGACAGCGUCGUCCGUAUUCUCGAAUGAGCAGCUUGAAGGCUACGAGCUCCUGAGACUACCAGAAGACAAUGUUUUGAGCGGUUUUACUCCUCUCAUGCUCAAAGUUGACGAACCAACUUACGUACCCAAAAACUACGACCUAGAAUCGGGCCAGUUCGUGUUGAGGCUCAACAAACUGCUCUUCUUCGGUACGGAGUUCUUGUGCGGCUUAGAACCUCCUGUCUUGAAGUUGGAAAUCGACAAUGAUUUCACAGAGUAUAUUAGCGUGGUCAGCAAUGCCAACAGUAGGGAUUCUCCGCAAUCUGUGGAAGAGAUGAACGAUCAGGAAGUUUUGGUGGAAAGUUACAGCGAUAAUGAGUCCAAAAUCUCGAGUAUAGGUGAGGACACCUCUUCUGAAGUUCGGGAUCUUCUUACUAGGAAAGUAGAACUUGAAAAAUGGCACAAGAGACAUCAGUUACAUAUGGAAAGAGUUGAAAAGAUUUUGGCCCAGUCGAUCAUUAGCGUCCACAUCGAAGUGCUUCCCAAAUAUUUGGUACCCGAUACGAACUGUUUCAUAGACUAUCUGGACGAAAUAGAAACCAUCAUCAAAGUUCCCAACGCCCCCUACACCAUAAUGGUGCCGAUAGUAGUCCUCGCAGAACUGGAAGGUCUCGGACGUGGCGGGAUCUCGCCAGCUUCCGGAACGCUGUCUAAGAACGAUCCAGAGCAUAUACGUAAGGUAGGCGAGGCGGCCAGGAAGGCCCUGGUGCUGCUCAAGAAGCGCCAUCAUAACAUCAAGUGCGUCACCACCAAGGGGGCAUUUUUGAACACUACCACGUUUACAACGGAAGAGGAUGCGUCGACAAAUUCGGCCAAAAACGACGAUAAGAUCUUGACCACCUGUUUGAAUUUAUCCAAGUCUCAUAUGAAAGAGAUGGAGAGUAAAGAAGGUGAACCAAGGCAAAUAUAUAGAGAAGUAGUUCUUUUAACAGACGAUAGAAAUUUGAGGGUGAAAGCUCAUUCUACCGACGUUCCAGUUAGGGAAUUGUCGGAUUUCAUGAAGUGGGCUGGACUAGGAUGAACCUUAGUUGUGGGGGAAUUUUAUCAACAUGAUAUUUGCCGGAGAGUUUAGGUCAACUGAUAAUGAUAUCAGUUCUAAUCUUUCAAAAAAGUUCCAAGUAAAAAUGAGAUAUACUCUUCUCAAUCUCUUUUCAAGUAAUUUUAUAUUUUUAAUCAAUCAAAAAAAAACUGACAGCAAGUUCACGUUAUCUUCCGUUGCCACCUGAGCGAGGAUUAGAAACGGACUUAGGAAGAGACAUCUUUGCACAACUUUUACAAAAAUCAAAGGGCAUUUGCGCCAGUUUUUAUUUGUAUAGCUUUAUUUUAUACACAUUUAUUUUUCUCAAUAAAUAUAUAAUUUUUCUUAGUAUAAAUGCAAUCAUUUUGUACUUAGCGAUUUACUGACUUAGUAAUUAAGUAAUUGGAUUUUUUUCUCUGUUCAUUCAUUGUUUAUUUUUUGUAUUCUCCACUGUUUUUUUGUUAGUUAAUCGAUAUUUUUGGAGGCAACUGUUCAAUUAAAAAAACCUAGAAUUUCGCCUCCUGGUUUGGUAUCCAGGAGUUGAUUGAAACAUUGAUUAUCUAUUACAUUGUCGCCAUUCGUUUUUGCUCAGGAAUUGACUGUAUGUUAAUAAAAAUUAACUUGCAAA